GCCGGCAGCGAGCUGCCCGCCAGAGCAGUCACGGCUGCCGUCGGAGAACGGGGCCAGCGAGCUGAAGACGCGGCUCGCUCGAAGCGCGGGCGAGGGCAGUCCGCUCCCUUCGUCGCUCGCCGGCGGCGCGCGAGGCGGUGUGCCGGCGGCUCGCGCCGUCCGCCGCCCGACCUCAGUCGCCGUCGCGGACAGCGGACGGCAUGCGGAGCGCGGCCGGCACUGGCGGCAGCUCCAACGCUAGCGCGGGGCUCGUCACUCGGAGCUACGACGUCUGGUUCAAUGUCGAUGCGGCGACGACUUCGGCGAGCGCCGAGGCGGCUGUGGCCGUCGACGGACCGUCACCCCUGCACCUUCUCUGCACCAGCCUCGGGGCCACCGUCGGACUCGUGCUCAACGCGUACAUCCUCGUCGUGCUCUUAUGGCAGCGCCAGUUCCGCACGGCCAACAGCCUGCUCCUUCUGCACCUGGCAUUCGUCGACAGCGUGUUCUGCCUGCUGGUGCUCGGGUCGAACGCCGUGUUCGGCGGGCUCUCCGCCCCGGCGGACGUGAUCGACGCCUCCGGUGCGUGCUACGUGCAGGGCGUCCUGUGGGCCGUCGUGCCUGCCGUGGCGGUGUGGACGCUGUGCGGCCUCAGCUGCGACCGGUACGCGGCAAUCGCGACGCCGCUCCACUACUCGCGCCUGGUGAACACGCGGCGGACGUGCGCGUUCCUCGGCGUGUCCUGGAUCGUCGUAGCGGGUGCGGCUGUGCCCCCCCUAGCGGGAGUGUGUCCUUACUCGUACGGUCCAUCGCGAUGCGUUUGCGUGGCAGCGUGUGCAGGCAGCAGCCAGGACGUGCAAGCCGGGACCGCGAGUUCGUCGCCUGUGGGACUGGGAUACGCGCUCAGCUACGUGUGGCUGGCGCUCGUCUUCCCCGCGUCGCUCAUCAUCGCCAGCAACCUGCAGGUGAUGCUCAUCGCGCGGACGCACAGGCAUCGCAUCGUGGCCGCCAUCUACGAGGUGACCCUUCGGGCGCAGGCGACGGUGACGCACCAGCGCAAUCCGUGGUACCUGGCCCGAUUCCGGGGCCGCAGCGCCCUGCUGUCGACGGCCCAGCUGGUGGCCUCGCUGGCACUGCUGACGGCGCCGCACUUCGCUCUUCUCCUGUGGGAAGCCUCGACGGGCCGCCGCACUCCACCGCUGCUCGGCUCGGCCACUACGGUGCUGCUGUGCUGGAGUCCGUGCGCGCACGCGUACGUGUACGGCGUGCGCAGCCGGGCGCUGCGGCAGACGUUCAAGGACCUGAUCCGGAGGCACGUCUACCGGCAACAGGUAUGCCGCGAGGUCGCCCGGCGUGUGUCCGCUGCCAACGGCGGGACGCCCGGCCGACCGAAGCUCAUCCGUCGCUUCUCGGCCCCCGACGGCCUGGGCUCCUCCUCUGUGGUGGUGACCAACGCGCGUCGGGCGCUGCCCCGGAGGGCGUCCGAGAAGUGCAUGCUGCUGCGCUCGGGCAGCAGCAGCCUGACGGGAGCCGGCAGCUGCGGCAUCGGUGGCGCGGGCGCCGCCGUGCUGUGCGCGGCGAUGCCAUCGUCGGCGCCCUCGACGCGCCGCUCUCUGCUGAUGCUGGAGCCGGCGACGAAGCCCAGCAGCCGGGCCUCCGUGUUUCCCCUCAUACUGGAGCACGGCCUCAGCGAAGAGGACGAACGAGGACCGCUCGGAGGUGGCCUGCGGACAGACGACGAUGACGACGACGACAUGUCGCGGUCCAGGUCGCCGCCGUCGAGGGCCACGCCCGACUCCACAGACACGAGGGCAUUCACUGUGUGAGCAAAGAGCAAAAGCGUUAAUGUCCAGAACCGGGCACAGUGGAAGCUGUUGCGCACCUUCUACCUCGCACUGCUGCUGUCGGACAGCCGUUGGAGGUCUCGUGGCUGUCCCGGGGAACUUGCAGCUACAAACUGACCGGCAAAGCCAAGGCGCCAUCGGAAAGCUCUUGCAUCGGAAUGUUGUGGCACCGAGAGCUCGUGGCAACUUGUCACCGACGUGCGACCAACGACGCCUAAGCUGCGACGUCGCAGUGUUUUAAAAUAAUUUGUCCAAGGGCAGCAGGUCUAUUAAUGUUUGCUUUUGUGUGAAAAAAACUGGACAGGACCAUCGCGUUUACGGAGCAUGGCUAACAAACGCCCAACCCUAGUUGUACAUCAACAUCACCUGACGUGUCUGCCUGGAUAAGUGUGAAUGAAGACUGGUGGUGUAGUGUCGCAAAUGAAGGUCGUUUCCGGUCUGAAAUACUGCAAUGUGAGAAAUGCAGUAGUGAGUAGACUUACAGACGAAAGUUUCGUUUGUCGAUGGAACGUGUAAAAGUUGUGAAACCCUCCCUUUCGGCCGAUAUCGCACCAUGACUUUGUUAAUUCCUGCACUCUAGCAUUGAACCACCAGGCCCGUAUUCACAACUUGUUCCCUUAUGUAAGGGGUAUCCAUGACUCGCGCGCUUACGUAACCUUUCUCACAAGAUUGCAGAGAAGGCGAUAACGGCAUAGCAGUCGCAACUACGUACGCUUACAUAAAAAAAAAUUCCAUAUGCCUCCAUAACUCCAAUAUCCGAUAACCCUGUAUGAAGUACGUGGAAGCCUAUCUAACACGUCGCAUCGUCCCAUAUGUCAUGCGGGGUAAUUAGAUAUCACAAUUCUGGAGGGUAAUGGGUUUCUCGAUAGCGGUGUAAGGUAUUUUUUGUGAUUCUGGGGGCCUGGUACUGCUUCCUGCGCAUAUUGACAGUGGAGUGCGCAUCAGUGAAAACAAAAAGAAAACGAACCCUGAAGGCUCAUUGGGAACCAGUGUGUUUUCGCUGAAGCCUGCCGACUGAUAAGCACUCCUCAUGGCUAUGGCGCACAUUCAGGAUGCUGUUUUCUUUCUCCAGCAUGGCUCAGAGCGGUAUCGCUUAGACUGAAGAUUGCGUGCUUGAAGAUGACACCAAAGGCAGCACUAAGUUGCCUGAGUCGAAAGUCACAAUUUAGCACUUCACAUGUGUGCGCGAUGGGGAUAACUUGAAGUCGGAAAAAUGUUCCUGAAUUAUAGUGGGUGGUGCGGCGUUCAAGACAGUGUUAGGACCUUUCUGCCGAAGAACAUUGACCUUGCAAUGUUUACCUGAAGAAUCUCUACGUUCGGGUCGACCUUCUACAAAUGCUAUUAGCAGUGUAAAGGAUCGUAGCCUCGGCUUAACGAGUAAGCACUUCCUGUAUGAUCACUCGCUCUUCGCAUCGUCCGCAUUCGGGCAAGUUCUGUGUGUGUACCCACAUUAAUGUUUAAUUUAUUCCUAUCAGUAGAUCUGAGCGCUGCUCGAGGCAGUUUCAAGCGCAGUGGUACCUGUGAAAACGCUGCUCUCCGUAAGCUGCUCGAAAGUUCAUUCGCAUAAUUUUUUAUUUGAAACAAACAAAAGAAAGCGACGAAACGGGCGCUGCACUUGAGUUAUCAGCGUGAUAGAAGCAAUCGCAGAACACUGUUGAUUACAAAAAUUGCUGUCAAUUUUUCUCGACAGUUGGAACUAGUUUGCCCGACACAUAUUGCCAUACGUCCUGCACCAGGUAUUGCGAUGCAAAAGUUCUUAGCGUUUGGGUAACUAAUCUCGUGCUCCAAAUUUAUAUGCUCUUCAAUUACCGAAACUUGUUUAAUGCAGAAUAGGGUUCACCAUCAGAAGCACCACUAUGGAAAGUGCUUCAACAAUCCUCGAGAGAUGGCUCACGGAAGGAGUAGUGAUACAAAUGAAUGCCAAGCCACGUGUCAUUGCUUGUUCUCUUUCGAUUAGCAGUCUGCCAAAGCAGCACACCAAGGGCAACUGCAAAGUACAAGAAAAGAAGGAAUAUAUUUUUGUGUGUUCGGAGUGAAAACGACCCGCUGUUGCCAAAUCAUCUCGUGUGCGACAUGAACUGAAGCUGAGAGGCAGCAUUCAGUGUUUAUGCGAUGAGCGAUCGGUCUGUGAUAUCACAUUAACACGUCAGUAAGACUAAAUACGCGGUAGCCACAUAUCCUAAAGCGUUCCGUGUAUUGAACCAGCUAAGUGUUGGUAGCGAAGAGAAAUAAAUGUCGUUGCUUCGUUUGGAUAAUGUAUGGAUACAUUCACUUUGACGCUAUAACGAUGAUAUUAGUAGUUGUUCAGGAGAAAAUAUCGCAAGACUCCUUGAACCUUAUUUCAGCGGGCUGUGUAGCUACUCUCGAAUAGCAUGCAUAGGAGUUUCAGCUCCGUCGUGUUACCAUCACACGUGAAGUCGGGCAGGACUGUCAGUGCCACAAACUGUUAUGGAAAGGCUGAGAAAAUAAGUCGUAUGAAAAUUGGGCAGCAGCAUAUCGUGCAUUUCUUUCCUUUAGUAAACCCGGCGGCACCUUCCAUAGCUUAAGGUGUCAAAUACAGGGCACAGCGUCUGUGAUAGAGGAACAUCUGCCACUCUUCCAAUUCAGCUAUAUCAAGCCGCUGCCCGCACAAGUAAAUUAUUCUUUAUCGAGGUGUCCAGCCGGAAUGGUCGACCUUGCAGGCGUAGUUGCAACUGUUCUUGGAGAUACAUGUUUUGCGGCACGUUACGAGCCGUCACACGAUAACGAUAUCGUGCCAAAGAACCUCCUUUUAGAGCGUUUCUUGCUGUUGUUGUUGUUGUUGUUGCUGUUGUCGUUAUUGUUGUCAGCAUCGCAUGUUCUUGUUAUGGAAAUGCUGACUUUACAUGGUGUAACGAAUGAACUAUUCUAUGUGC